AUGAGAAUGGCGACGACGGCUAGGACUCUUGCAUUUACCGACGAACCCACAAGCCACCAAGUAUGGAGAUCGCAUCAGACGUCCGGGAGCUGCUCGUGGGCCUCAAGGAGCCCAACACGGCUGCGGAGCAGCAGGUCUUCCUCGAGAUCCAGGCCAUGCACAUGACGUACUGCGAGUUUAUGACCAAGCUGUCGGCGCAAGUCGCCGACCUCGCGCUUGGCUCGUCGCCGGAAGCGCGCGUCUUCUUCUACCAGUUCCAGCGUGCUAUUUAUCAAGACUGGACCUCGACGAUCACCGAGUGUGCGUUCUUCUCGUCGCCCAACUCGCCCUCGACGCUGCAGCGCAAGCUCGACUUGUACGAAGGCGUCGCGCGCGACUGCAUGGGCUCGGAAGACCUCUGCAAGUGCGCGUGUGCGUCGUCGCUCGAGGCCAACACGAACCUCUCGAUAGAGCAGUGCAUCGGCCUCUAUGAGGCCCACCGGGCGCACUCGCAUUAGAGCGGCCGCCCAUAUUAGGUUAGAAAAACACGUUUAAAAUAUUGUAAUAGCGCGCCGUGGGUAGUUUGUCGU